AGGAGGCGAGAGGAGCACAGAGAGUCCCAUUCCCCUCCCCGCUGGCUGCCUGUCAGAGCUGCGGGGGGAUAUUACAGGCGCUUCGGGCUGGAGACUCACAGCACAAAGUCAGCCAGUGUGAUGAACUUCUGGAAACCUUUUCACUUUUUUCUUUUUCUUUUCUUUCCCCCCCUGGUUGGUGCCAUUCGCUUGCUGAGAAUCAGGCCUUGCCUCCUCCCCUGACGCUCCCCCCGCCACUCCUUUUUCUUAUUUUCCAGCCUCUGAUCUCUGCCUAAGCGCCCCGAGCCCCUCAGCCCGGCUCACCAUUUCUGCCUCCUUCUCGUCUCUUUCGUGUUGCUGUUAAAACCCCCCCCCCCUCACUUCUCCGCCCCCGCCCAGCCGGACCACCUCCAGCCACCAGCACCAGCACCUUCUUCAAGCCGGAACGAGGGAAGGAAAGCAACUUCUUAGCGCCUGGAGAGGAUUUCUCCUCCUCCUCUCGGCCUUCCCUUCGCCAAGCGAGCGCCCCCCCCCCGCACCCCCUUGCACAAGUCCCGUCCUCUAAGCAACUGCAAAAGUGACUUGGGCAAGAAAGGCCGGCGCGCGGAAGGAGAGGAUGCCCUCCCCGGCGGCUUUCUGACUCCAGGCCUGGGGAAGGCACCUGCUGUCACGCCUGCCGGAGCCGCGCAGCGAGGAGAAGCGAAGCCCCGCGGCGAGAAGCGCUCCAGGCAGCCUGAGGGGGGCUGCGGGCGAAAGGCAGCGGGAGAUCGCCGCCGCCGCUGCCGCCGGCUCCUGGGGAAAAGCAGCAGAAGCGGACGAAGCCGCCGUCCCGAGGGACUCCAGCAUGAGCAAGCCGGCAGGAUCAACAAGCCGGAUUUUAGACAUCCCCUGCAAAGUGUGUGGCGACCGCAGCUCCGGCAAGCACUACGGGGUUUACGCCUGCGACGGAUGCUCAGGGUUUUUCAAACGCAGCAUCAGAAGAAACCGCACUUAUGUCUGCAAAUCGGGAAAUCAGGGAGGCUGUCCGGUGGACAAGACGCAUCGGAACCAAUGCAGGGCGUGUCGGCUGAAGAAGUGCUUGGAAGUCAACAUGAAUAAAGAUGCUGUUCAGCAUGAAAGGGGACCAAGGACAUCCACCAUAAGGAAACAAGUAGCUCUGUAUUUCAGAGGACACAAAGAAGAGAAUGGAGCCACACCACACUUCCCUUCUGCAGCUCUCCCCACCCCAGCCUUCUUCACGGCUGUUACACAGCUGGAACCUCACAACCUAGAACUGGCUGCAGUUUCUACCACCUCUGAAAGGCAGACCUUGGUGGGCCUUGCUCAACCAACUCCAAAGUAUCCACAUGAAGUCAGCGGUACUCCCAUGUAUCUGUAUGAAGUGGCUACCGAAUCUGUGUGUGAAUCGGCAGCAAGGCUUCUCUUCAUGAGCAUCAAAUGGGCCAAGAGCGUCCCAGCUUUUUCUACUCUGUCGUUACAAGACCAGCUGAUGCUUUUGGAAGAUGCUUGGAGGGAACUGUUUGUUCUAGGAAUAGCACAAUGGGCCAUUCCAGUUGAUGCUAACACUCUACUGGCUGUAUCGGGCAUGAACGGUGACAAUACAGAUUCUCAGAAGCUGAAUAAGAUUAUCUCAGAAAUACAGGCGUUACAGGAGGUCGUGGCUAGAUUUAGACAGCUUCGGUUAGAUGCUACAGAAUUUGCUUGUCUCAAAUGCAUUGUCACUUUUAAAGCUGUUCCUACGCAUAGUGGUUCUGAGCUGAGAAGUUUCCGGAAUGCUGCUGCCAUUGCAGCUCUUCAAGAUGAAGCUCAGCUCACCCUCAACAGCUAUAUUCAUACCAGGUACCCCACACAACCCUGUCGUUUUGGGAAACUCUUGUUGCUUUUGCCAGCUUUACGAUCCAUUAGCCCCUCUACAAUAGAAGAAGUGUUUUUCAAAAAAACCAUUGGGAAUGUGCCAAUCACAAGACUACUUUCAGACAUGUACAAGUCCAGUGACAUAUAAACUGACGGGGGUGGGGGGAGGAUCAAAAAUCAGGAUCAGUAGGAAGACUUUUCUAAUCCACGGAGAAUGGAUUCAGCUAAUACACUCAACAGGAAGCUGAAGCCUGGAAAAGUUUAACCUAUUGACAACGUACACCCAAUCGAUAUGAUUCUGCGGCCUUGAAAAGAGCAACUUAAGACUUUGGGAAAAUACAGUGUUCCACAGAAAAACUGCAGCAGGUCAAACUUGGCUGCUACGUCUGUAGCAAUAUGGUGGAGUCCAUUCAGCUGUCAUUUAUAGUUAACCAAGGCUGUGCUAGUCUGUCAUGUAGCUGAUGGAUUUGACAGGGUAAAGAAAAAGGUACUUUAAGGUGGUUGUUUUUUUCAUACUUUGAAAAAUUGGGUAACCAAACAUUGUUCUGUUGUAAUGUGUCAUAAGGUGGCCUUCACAAAUGUUUUUUAAAGUAGCUUGUGGGUGAAUGCUUUUAUAUGAGAGGCAACACUGAAUACCAGGUUAUCAACAUAUUUACUUCACUUGUAACAUAUAAUAAAAGUGGCCUUCAUAAUGGAUUUUUUAAAGAAGUGACAUGUGCUGGCAGAUACCUUUGGGAUUCAGUAGGCCAGACCUCCUGUUUAAAAAUGAACUGGUGGACUUCACUGCUGAGUCUUGCCAACAUUUCCAUUCAGUUUAACAUCUCAGACAGAAGAGCUUUAAAAAUAAAAGUAAACAAAAAACAAACAAACCAUGUUAAGUAAAGAUUAAGCAGCAAAACCAAAUAAAAGAAAAUGGAGAGGAUUGAUUUAGUGAACUGAUCGCUGUCCCACUGGCAUAGUGCUGAAACCAAAGGCAACGGUGGCCAAACUCUUUGUCAAUGGGAUGUACAAAAAGGAGACCUAUGCUACAAUAGCAAGUCUGAAAUACAUUUCCAGCAGUGGAAAAGAUGGUUGAUCAAUACAAGCAUAACAUUAAGACCCUCUAACGUCAUGUUAGAAAACUCCAGGUUCUAAUGAAAGCCUUGAUAUCUCUCAUACAACCUCCCGCACCCUGCCCCCUCCACAAAAACAGAUAUAAUGAGCUGCUUAAUUUGAUGAGAAUAUACUUAUGGAAAAUGUAGGACAACAUUAAAAUAUAGCUGCUGUACUUUUAAGUUUUUAUUUGUUUUAGGAACUAGCACUGAGGAAGAAGAAUCAGCACUUGAAGUAUCAUAGAAUGAGUAAAACUUCUCUUGUACAAAGUGGAUUAACUGAUUUGUGAAGUUAAGGUUGUACUCAUUGUAUUUACAAAGAAUAAAAAAUAUAUUAUGUUUAAAAUAG